GCACUUCCGGGGCGGGAGGAGGGAAAAGAGGCAUCUGACAGUUGGUACGGUCUGGAGGGCGGGCGGCGCGAGUCGGUGCUACUGGGCUGGAUGACUGGUGAAUAUUCCUGUAUUGGACAAGGAAAAAUUGCUUUGCCAUCUUAAUGGGAUACUUUGCUUUCCAUAAGAAGAAGGAAAACUUAACCUGAAAUAGAAUGGAAAUAGAAUAGCCCAUUCAAUUAUAAUCAGUCAAUGAAAGGUUCUUUGUGAGAAGACACUGAGAUGUGUGUACUUAGUUCCUGGCACAUAGUAAACACUCGAAAGGAUCUGCUCCAUGGGCUUCGGGAUCAGGAAGAACUUGUUUUUUAAACCCCGUAAGGCUUCAGGGAGCAGGGUCAGGGCCAGGGAGAGGAUGGUGUCGGUCACUAUGGCCACUUCUGAGUGGAUCCAGUUCUUUAAGGAAGCCGGCAUCCCCCCAGGCCCUGCUGUGAAUUAUGCUGUGAUGUUUGUGGAUAACAGGAUCCAGAAGAGCAUGUUGCUGGACCUCAACAAGGAGAUCAUGAAUGAACUGGGCGUGACAGUCGUGGGGGACAUCAUCGCCAUCCUCAAACACGCCAAGGUGGUGCAUCGCCAGGACGUGUGCAAAGCUGCCACCGAGUCAGUGCCCUGCAACUCCAGCCCAGUCUCAGGCGAGCUUCGCCGUGCUGCCUCUAGCGCUGCCUCCAGAAUGAUCACCAACAGCCUGAACCGAGACUCCCCGCCCGGCACUCCCUCCAGGCGGCCAGACACCAGCACCUCCAAGAUCUCCGUCACUGUAUCCAACAAGAUGGCAGCCAAGAGUGCCAAGGCAGCGGCUCUGGCCCGCAGGGAGGAGGAGAGCCUGGCUGUUCCUGCCAAGAGGCGCCGGGUCACCGCAGAGAUGGAGGGGAAGUACAUCAUCAACAUGCCCAAGGGCACCACCCCCCGCACCCGCAAGAUCCUGGAGCAGCAGCAGGCUGCCAAAGGUCUCCAUAGAACGUCCGUGUUUGACCGCCUUGGUGCGGAGACCAAGGCAGACACGACCACAGGGAAUAAGCCCACAGGAGUUUUCAGCCGCCUGGGGGCCACCCCAGAGAUGGAUGACGAUCUGGCCUGGGACAGUGACAAUGACAGCAGCAGCUCUGUCUUGCAGUACGCUGGGGUCCUGAAGAAGCUGGGGCGGGGCCCAGUGAAGGCCAGUCCCCAGCCAGCCCUGACGGUCAAAGCCAAGGCCACAAGCUCCAAGGCCACAGUGCCCACCGCCCCAACGCUGCGGCGCCUGGCACUCUCCUCACCCCCCGGGCUUGAGAAGAAGUCGGAGUCCCUGGCCAAAGUCAGCAUCAUCCACAGACUGGGCAAGGCCGCCCCGGUGCCCGAGGCCCAGGACAGCCAGGUCACCAGCACCAAGAGUAAGUCCUCAGCCAAGGUGAAGGUCACCAUUAAGAGGACUCCAGUGGGGCCCCGGGGAAGCAAUUCCAGCGAGGGCCUUGGUGCCCAGAUGGACCACACGGGCACUGUGAGCGUGUUCAAAAGACUGGGCCACAGGGCCUUCUAGCCCAUGUGGGGGGCAGGGGGGCGGGCUCCCCGGUCCCUCCAGUCCUGUCUCUGACCAAAUCCUCCUUGCUGAUUGUGGACAACAUGGCUGUUGAGUGUCCGCGCUGGGCUGAGCCCUCUGCUCUGGGAUGGUCCCUGUGGCUGGGCCUUGCCUGCUCUGGGAUGGCUCCUCCCUCCUGCCCUCUGCCUUCCCCCUUGGCCUUGGCAAGACCCCGCUUUUCUACUAAUCCCCAGCACUCUCCCCUCUCAGCUGCUCCAAACUCCCUGUCCCCAAUCCCUGCCCCCGGGGACCUUACCCUAAGGUCCUCUUGUGUCCCCUCCCAGCUGCUGUAGCUUCCCUCUCCCUCUUCACUCUUUCAUUUCUCUUCUGUUUUCUGUCCUGGUGGCAAGGCCCGACUCUCCGCUGCGUCCUGCCCGACCCUCCAGCACCUCCGGCCUCUCAGCGACCCCCACGCCGACGCUGGCGUUGAGCCUGUCGAGACUCUUAGCUGUCCCUGGGCUGCCAUGGGGGACCUGGGCAUGUUUUCCUCUCUCAAAAGUCCUGCCAGGGACUGCUGGGCAAGGGGGCAUCAACAGGGGAGGCUGAUCGGAGAGAGAAGACAAUGGCGGUUUUAAUAUAUUUUUUCGUGACUUCC